AUGAAGGAUCUGUGCCACCGAGCUGAGGAAUCCACAUUAGAGCCAGGAAGUGCUGAUCAUGAGAAGUGGCAGGGUAAGAAGUUAGAUGAAAUGAGGAACUUCACAGCAUUCUUGCUGAUGGGAUUCUCUGAUGACCCCUUGCUCCAGAAGGUGUACGCCAUGGUCUUCUCCCUGGUUUACCUGGCAGCACUGACAGGGAACCUCCUCAUCAUUGCACUCACAACCGCUGACCAGCAUCUCCAAUCUCCCUUGUACUUCUUCCUGAAAAAUUUGUCCUUCAUUGAUACCUGCUACAUCUCAGUCACUGUCCCUAAAUCCAUCAUGAACUCUUUGACCAACAUCUAUUCCAUCUCCUUCCUGGGCUGUGCAAUGCAGGUUUUCUUUCUUUUUUUCCUUUGUGGCACAGAAUAUGCACUCCUUCUAGUGAUGUCCUAUGACCGCUAUGCUGCCAUCUGCCACCCGCUGCACUAUGAGGUUCUCAUGAACAGGGGCUCCUGUGUGCAGAUGGUGAUGGCCUCCUGGCUUGGGGGAUGCAUCUAUGGAGCCCUGCACACAGCAGGCACUUUCUCUGUCAGUUUCUGUGAGACCAACAAGGUGAGUCAGUUCUUCUGUGAGGUCCCAUCACUUCUCAAACUUGCCUGUUCUGGAGAGACUGUGCUUGAGAAUGGGUUGAUCAUUGCUAGCUCUGUGGUUGUUUUAGUGUGUUUUAUUGCAAUGCUUGUGUCUUAUGUUCACAUUUUUUCUACUGUACUGAAAAUCCUAUCUUCAAAGGGCAGAGUGAAAUCUCUUUCCACCUGCCUGCCUCACAUUGCUGUGGUGACCUUGUUCCUCUUUUCUGGGUUUCUCACAUAUGUAGCUGAAAAUUUUGUAACUUCGUCUUUGCUGAAAUCAUUGACAUCACUGCUCUAUACGGUGCUACCCCCCACGGUGAACCCUGUUAUCUACAGCCUGAGAAAUCAGGAGCUGCAGGCUGCCUUGAGGAAUAUGAUAGCUGGGAAAUGUCUAGGAUUUUCCUUUUAA